AUGAGGCAGGCGCGGAUCCGCGAGGAGAUGCGCACGAAGAGCGCGGCGGAGCUGCAUGAGAGCAUCGUCGAGUCGCGCAAGAUGAUGAUGCACCAUCGGAUGGAGAAAUUCCGGAAGAAGAGACCCUCAGCCGGCAGCAAGUACGAGUGGCAGUACCGUAUUGCGCUGGCCAAGACUUUCCUGAAGCAACAGGAGCUUGCGGACAAGAAGCAGGAGCCUCUGAAGAUCGCCGGGGAGAAGGCCCUCGACUUCCCGGAGCGGCCCACUUUGUCUCAGUGGAUGAUCGAGAACGAGGAUCUGGACCUCGCCCGCACUGAAUGGUACGCCGUGGGAGGCCACUCCAGCCGCCCGAUCAACCAGAAGAUUCCCUUCCCACGGCGGGUGCGCUUCGAGAAGAGGUUCUACAAGAAGCAGAACGGCACGCAGUACAUCAGCCGCAACACCACGGGCGUGAAGAUCGAGGUUGAUAAGGGCAUCCAUUGGGAGGUGAGUGCCACAAGACUGGACGAGGUGGGCUUCGACCCGGAGUGCGUGGACAUCAAGAACGCGAGAAAGGCGAAGACCAAGAACCCGAGAAAGGCGAAGAUGAUUGCCAAGAGGAAUGAUGUGAAAGAUUCCAAGACCCAGGCGAAGGCCUUUGCCUCGCAGGAGCCCUCUGCAAGCGGCGUGUCCUCUGCCUUCGCCGGCGUUGCGCUGCUGGGCCUGGGGGCCAUGGGCGCGGCCCGAGGGCGGCGCAGAUACCGCUGA